CAAAGCGCAGGCAAUUCCCACCAACAUUCCCGGUGACUCCAGUCCCAAGGAGGUGGUGAUGUUCACGGCAGCACGACUCAAACGCUCUCACUUGGAGGACAGGAGGACCAGAGGACAGGAGGACAGGAGGACCAGAGGACCAGAGGACAGGAGGACAGGAGGACCAGAGGACCAGGGGACAGCCUCAGCAGCCAGCGCGCCGCUCCUUUUGCGCCUCUUUUCCCCCGCUUUUUGUUUUAACAUAAACUAAAACAGAUGGAAUAAUGUUUGCCUAAAUAUAAUGCCGGCAGGACGAAGGUUUUUUUUUAGGAGGGGGGGGGUUGUUUCUCACUUUGGGCUGUAGCUCGCGAGGCGCUGAUUGGACAACCUGAAGACAUUCUGCGCAAAGUCCUACCUGGGCACAAUGAGAAGGCACCCGGGGUUUGUUUCAUCAUUGGGAGAGAAUGCCGUCUUACUGAAGUUAAGUCGCUAAAUCCGGGACUUUUAUUUAAUUUGUUCACAUUUUUAGUGGCUCUCCAGGAAAAGCAGUUACGCGAUCUGAGCUUUUUUUUCUCUUUCUUUUUUUACGCGGUACUUUCAAAACGUCGCAACCGUCCAAAAUGGACCGCGUCAGAUUGGCCGUUUUGGUGGCUUUGACUGUUGUUGCCCUGCUGCCAAUGUGUGACGGCCACAAGGACACGGCAGGUGGGAGGAAGGGGACCGCGGGGGCAGGACGGCCGAGGACUCAAGGUCACUCGCCGAGGAGACCAAGGGACGCCGCAUCCUCCGCGGCGACCGGGGACGCGUCUCCGGCGACCGACGUGUCCAGGACUCUGGUCCGCGCGCCCAGGGCCACGUCGUCCCGAGGGGACGGCGGGCACAGACCCGACGCGGGGCCGCUGCGCGCCGCAGGCGCCUCCCGGGGAGACGUCCCCUCCUCGCCGCGACGCGCCGCCAGGCAACCGAGCGGCGCGCAGCACCGAACCGGAGCGAACCGCCGGCAGAGCAGCAAGCCCAACCCCGCCGGCACCAGGAGGCUCGUUGGACCCAAUGUCUGUGGGGGUCAGCAGUGCUGCUCGGGCUGGGCUUUGGCACCGGGAACCAAUCGCUGCAUAAAACCUGACUGCCAGCCGCCCUGCCAGAACCGCGGCUCCUGCAGCCGGCCGCAGACCUGCGUGUGCCGCUCGGGCUUCCAGGGGCCGCGCUGCGAGGAGGUGACUCCGGAGCAGGUGUACGUCCGCGACGGAGGCGCCCUGCGGCGCGUUCAACCGGGGAGCAACCCGUUCCAGAAAGACCAACCGCGGAGGAGGCCCUCGGAGAGGCCGGCCGCCGCCGCCAAGGUCCUGACCCCGCGACCCGCGACCACCAGGCAGCCCGUGACCCAAGUGAGACGGGGACCCCCUGACUCUUCCCCUCAGCAGACUGGGACCUCCCGCACGGUGAAACGCUACCCGUCAUCCUCCGGGCCCAUAACGUCCAACGCCAUUCCCAACGGCAACGGCUACGCCAGCGGCCGCCAUGGCGGCGGCGGCGAGCGCGGGAACGGGCAUGGGGGCGGGCCCCCGAGCACUGGCGGGGCAGGCGGCGGCGAUGGCCAGCAGCACGCCGCGUUCAGCAACGCGUUGUCGCCGGCAGGGGCCAACCUCACCUCCAACCUGGACCGCAUCAAGAUCGUCUUCACGCCCAUGCUGUGCCGCCGGGUGUGCAGCGGCGGGCGCUGCCACAACAGCUGUGAGAAGGGGGACAUGACGACGGUGUACAGCGACAACUCGCAGCAGCAGCAGCAGCAGCCGAAGGAGACGGGCUUCCGACUCUUCUUCUGUCAGAUACCGUGUCUCAGCGGAGGCCGAUGCAUCGGCCGGGACCUCUGCUGGUGUCCGUCAAACUCCACGGGGAAGUUUUGUCACCUGCCGGCGCCGCCUCCCGCCAGGCCCACGCCUGUCCGCCACAAGGACGCCAGCCACCCGGGAGCGAGGUCCUCCCUCCAUUCCAUGUACACGCUACCGCUGUCCAACCAGCAAGUAUCUCUCAACCCCUCCCUGGUGAACGUGCACAUUCAGCACCCUGAAGACGCCGAAGUGGAGGUCCACCAGGUGGCCCGCGUCCAGCCGGGACUCCGCCCGGCCACCGCCGCCGCCGCAGCCGACGACAGGGGGGGGGCCCACUCCGUCCAGCAGCGCUCGCAGCCCGCGAGCGGACCCGAACCCGGCCGCGCGGCCACGGCGCUCGACCAGCGGCACGGGCACGUCGGGAGGUGCUUCCAGGAGACGACGGUCGAUGGGCAGUGCGGCGAGCCUCUGCCAGGCCUGACCAAGCAGGACGACUGCUGUGGAAGCGUGGGCGCCUCCUGGGGCCUCGGCAAGUGCCAAAAGUGCCCCACCAAACCAGCGUACGCCGUGAUCGCCAACGGACGAGUGGAAUGUCCCCAAGGGUUCAAGCGGAUGAAUCUCACACACUGUCAAGACAUCAACGAGUGCCUGCUGCCGGGGCUCUGCAAGAACGCCGACUGCCUCAACGCCAAAGGGAGCUACCGGUGCACCUGCAAGCCAGGCUUCCUGUUGGAUGCCGACAGGAGCCACUGCGUCUCGGACAAAGCCGUGUCCGAGCAGAGGGCGCUGUGCUACCGGUCGGUGUCGGCGGGCGCGUGCGCCCUGCCGCUCGCCCAACACCUGACCAAGCAGAUCUGCUGCUGCAGCCGCGUGGGCAAAGCCUGGGGCCCCGGGUGCGACCGCUGCCCUCUGCACGGAUCAGAUCAUUUCAAGGAGAUCUGCCCGGCCGGCCACGGCUACAUCUACUCGCGCUCCGACGUGCAGAUCUCCGUGAGGCAGCUGGAGGACGUGCAGAGCACCGGAGUGUCCCCGGCCCGGCCCGGCAGGCCGCCGCCGCCGCCGCGUCACGACGGCCACGCCGAGACACCACAGGCGCCCCGGGAGCCUCCGACUCCGCGGCAGCCGGGAGAUGUAGAAAUUCCGAGCCCGCCGGCUGCUGUGACCGACUCACCGCCCAGAUAUCCAGAGGCUUCUCCGGACCCCGAAACGGAGGACACGACCCGCACAGCCUCACGAGCAGGUGUCGACGCGUGCGCCGCCGCCGCCGGCGUCUGCGGCCCCGGCGAAUGUGUCCCCGUGCAGACCGGCUACACCUGCCGCUGCGAGCCGGGGUUCAAGCUCAGCACGCUGCAGACCAACUGCAUUGACGUGAAUGAAUGCGACGGGGACCCGUGCGGAGGGACGGGCCGCUGCGUGAACAGCUACGGCUCCUACGCCUGCCAGUGCCACAGCGGCUACAGCCAGGUGAUCACCCGCAACAGGAAGUUCUGUCAAGACGUCGAUGAGUGCGGCGUGCCCGACAAGUGCCACAACGGCCAAUGCGUCAACGCGGAGGGGUCUUACACCUGCGAGUGCAGCGCUGGCUACGCCAAGUCCGGGGGAGGCCAGUGCGAAGAUGUAGACGAGUGCAGAGAUCCCAGCUCCUGUCCCAACGGGCUCUGCAUCAACGCUGCCGGCUCCUUCCAGUGCGAGGCCUGCCGCCCCGGGUUCAGGCCGGCGGGUGGAAGAUGUGUGGACGUAAACGAGUGCCUGAACCAGACGGCGUGCGGUCGGGGCAGGUGCGCCAACACAGACGGCUCCUUCAGGUGCAUCUGUUUCCCCGGAUACAAACUCUCACCGGACAACGUUUGCCAGGAUGUGGACGAGUGCGGGCUCCCCGGAGUUUGCCUCCACGGCCGCUGCGUCAACCUGGACGGCACGCACAAAUGCGCCUGUAACCAUGGUUACCGACUCACCUCAGACAGCAAAGCCUGUGAAGAUGUCAACGAGUGCGCAACUGGUAAUGUGUGCCGUGCGGGAAUUUGCAUCAACACAGCCGGUUCGUACGCUUGCCAGAACUGCAGGCCUGGGUUUGGUCCAUCGGCUGACGGGCUGAGAUGUGAAGACACGGACGAGUGCGCCUCGGGGGACCUGUGUCUUGGCGGAGUGUGCGCCAACACGGAGGGGUCCUACACCUGCACCAGGUGUAAGGCCGGCUACCGGGUCUCUCAAGACCGCCAGAGGUGUCAAGAUGUGGAUGAGUGCCAGUCCCUUUCCACCUGUGCCAACGGGAUCUGUCUAAACUCAGAAGGCUCUUACACCUGUGAGAACUGCCCCACGGGUUACAGAGUAUCACAUGACGGGGAGCUUUGUCAAGAUAUUAAUGAGUGUGCGCUGCCCACUACAUGCCCCCAGGGAACGUGUACCAACACAGCGGGUUCCUUCACAUGCGUCGUCUGUCCGCCCGGUUUCACGGCCUCGGAGGACGGACAGCGCUGCGACGAUGUGGACGAGUGCUCGGUGGCUAACACGUGCCCGGGCCAGCUGUGCACCAACACCCCGGGGACCUUCAGCUGCAGGAGCUGCGGAGCCGGCCUGCGGCUGUCUGAGGGCGGCUCCAGCUGCGAGGACAUUGACGAGUGCCAAGGGCCGGACGCGUGCCCAAAGGGCGUUUGCACCAACACGGCGGGCUCCUUCGCCUGCACGCCAUGUGACCCGGGCUUCGCGGUGGAUCCCAACGGGCUCUCGUGUGAAGAUGUGGAUGAAUGCAAAGACCCCAGCCUCUGUGUGGGAGGCCGGUGCACCAACACCAUCGGCUCCUAUGACUGCCUCUGCCCCGCUGGCCUGGAGAUGGUGGAUGGGACGUCCUGCAGAGAUAUCAACGAGUGUUUCACCCAUGUGGGGAUCUGCGGAGAAGGGGACUGUCUGAACACAAAGGGCUCCUAUGCAUGCAUCUGCCCUGAUGGAUACACCACCAACGAUGGAAGCGCUGGCUGCCAAGACGUGGAUGAGUGCAGUAGAGCCAACGUGUGCAUCCGGGGCGAGUGUCUCAACACCGACGGCUCGUUCAUGUGCUUGUGCGAGGCCGGCUUCAAGUUCAGCGAGGACACGGCCGACUGCGAAGACCAGAAUGAGUGCAAGGACUUUGGUAGCUCAGUGUGUGGCACCUGGCGCUGCGAAAACACCAUCGGCUCCUACCGCUGCUUCGUGGGCUGCCAACCUGGCCUGGAGGGAGGGGACGCCACAGACUGCGAUGUCGACGAGUGCGCCGACGAAACCAUCUGUGGGAGCUACGGCUUCUGCGAAAACACCGACGGCUCCUUCCGCUGCCGGUGUUACCAAGGCUACGCCAACCCGCCAGGAGACACGGGCACGUGUGUCGACGUGAACGAGUGCGAGAUGAGCUCGGCGCUGUGCGGGGAGGCCCCGUGUGAGAACUUCGACGGCAGCUUCCUGUGCAUCUGCCCCAACGACAAUGAGGAAUUUGAUCCCCUCACCAGCCAGUGCCGCUCCCUGGCUUACGUGGGGCCGACGCCCGCCGCUCUGCUCCCUCACGCCGCUCCCCGCGGCGAGGAGAGGAAAGAGUGCUACUACAACCUCAACGACGCCAACUUCUGCGACAACGUCGUGUCCCGCAACGCCACCAAGCAGGAGUGCUGCUGCACGGUGGGGGCCGGCUGGGGGGACGACUGCGAGAUCCACGCGUGUCCGGUCCCGGGCAGAGAUGAUUACAACCAGCUGUGCCCCCACGGCAGCGGGCUGUUGCCCCGGUCCGGUCCCGCCACACAGGACCCGGGAGACCAGCGCGCGUACGCAGAUGCAAACGAGUGUGAGAUGUUUGGAUCGGACAUCUGCAAGAACGGACAGUGUUCAAAUCUUUUCUCCACUUACACCUGCUACUGUCGCUCCGGCUUCUACUACGACAGCGUGCGGCUCGAGUGCGUCGAUUACGACGAGUGCGGGUUCGGAGACGCUUGCGAAGACGGCGCGUGCGUCAACACGGCCGGCUCCUUCGACUGCUUCUGCAGCCCGCCGUCGGUCCUCGACGGCACGCGCCGCCGCUGCGUCGGCCUCAACGCCACCGAAGAAAUCCUGGAGCCGGAUCAAGACGUGCACAUGGACGUCUGCUGGCAGCGCCUGGUGGGCGACAACAUCUGCUCGCAGCCCCUGCAGGGACGCAGGAGCACGUACACGGAGUGCUGCUGCCUGUGGGGCGUGGCCUGGAGCGAGCAGUGCGCCUUCUGUCCCGCCAAAGACUCCGACGACUACGCCUUGAUGUGCAACCGCCCUCGGACCGGAGAGACGGACAGCCUGCGAGAGAGGCCGGGCUACGAGUACGGCGUGGAGGGGGCCAUGGAGCCCUUCGCCCCCCCGUACUGGGACAGCUACGGCGGCGUCCCUUUCUUCGGCGACAACGACUACGGCCCCCAACAGCUGCCGCCGCCGCCGUCCCGCGUCCCCGUCCUGCGGCCGCGGGAGCGGCAGCCGGCGCCGGCGCGGCCGGUGGACUCCUACGCAGAGCGCCGCGGCGGCUUCGAGGGUCUCCGGGCGGAGGAAUGCGGCGUCCUGAACGGCUGCGAGAACGGCCGCUGCGUCCGCGUGCGAGAAGGCUACACGUGCGACUGCUUCGACGGCUACGAGCUGGACCCGAACCACAUGGCCUGCACAGACAUAAACGAGUGCGAGGACAUCAGCGCCAACGUUCCCCUGUGCCAGAACGGCCGGUGCACCAACUCGGAGGGGUCGUACGCGUGCGCCUGUCUGCCGGGAUUCGUGGCCUCGGCGGAGCCACACCGGUGCGUCCCGGAGCUCCCGCCGUCCGGGAAGUGAGGGA